UCCAAGUCUUAUUCUCAAAAGAUUUUGGGAUCGACUAACAUGAAUGAAUCCAUGAUAUCAAAGACAAAAGGAGAGAAAGAUAAGAAAAAUAAAAAAGGUAGGGAAAACUGUCAAAUGAGUCCAUGUACUAUCUUGUAAAAGUCAAUUGAGUCCAUGUACAAUUUUAUCAAUCAAUUGGGUACACAUAGUCUCCAAUUUUAACCAAUUUUGUCAUUUGACCGGUAAACAACCGGUGACCCUUUUUAUUGCUGACGUGGAUGCCACUUAAGCGUUUUUAUUUAUUUUUUCCUCUUUCCCUUUUCUUUUUCCCUUUUAAUUUACUUUCUUCUUCCUUUCUUUUUCCUCUAGUUCGUCGUCCCCCCUAUUCAUCUGCCGCCUGCAACUCCGAGUCUCCCAUCUUCCUAAUUCCCUUUUUUUCUUUUUUCCCCUUCUUCUCCAAUCUUCCUACAACUCCUUCUCCCCUAUUUUUCAAUCUCUUUUCUUCUCCACUGCUUCUACCCCAAGCCCCCACCCAAUUCAACCCCCUCCCUUCAUUCUUGCAAUCUUGCCCACCCCCUUCUCCUUUCUCUUUUCUUUCUUUUUCCUCUUCAUUUUGCUCUUCUUCUCCACUCCACUUCUUCUACUCCACUCAACCUUAUAUCCCCAUUCUUCCAUGCCCAGAGAAGGCAACCCAAUGAAAACCCUACGAAACCCCUUGCUCUUCUUCGAUGGCAACCAUACGGCGACGGAGAAGGUGGCGGCAGAGCUCGACGCCGAUGGUGAUGACGGCGGAAGAGAUCGACGCCGAUGGUGACUGUGGCGGCAGAUCUCGACGGGGUCGGCGGUGGCAGAGGUCAACGGCGGUAGAAAGAUGGAGAGGUAGAGAAGGGAAGAAGCAAGAAAAAAUAGAGGAGAAUAAAGAAAGAAACGGAACAAAGAAAAAACGAAGAGAAUAAGAAAAGAAGAAAUGGGGAAGAAAGACGAAGGGAUGCAGGGAACCACACAAGAAACUUUUUUUUAAAGCGAGUCUCUAAUGCCACAUGGACUGCAAAAUCAUCGCUUACAAGGAAAAAAAGCCACGUGGAUGAUCCACGUAGGCAGAUUACCAGGGAAACCGGUCAAUCACCUGGUAAAAGGCAAAUUUGGUCAUUUUUAGUAACUUGGUAGACUUAAUUGGUUGAAAAAAAUAAUAUUUGGACUCUAUUGACUUUUUCGAAAUAGUAGAUGAACUGAUUUGACAGUUUUCCUAAAAAGGUAAGAUAAAAUGGAUUAAGAAUGUGUGGAAUUCAAUGUGUAUGUGGUGUGACCUGCUCUCUAU